AUCUACAAUCCACUCACCGUAAAUAGAUUUUCAUUUCUCUUCCGCAUUCGUUGAAAACGUGUAUAAGUAUCCGGGAAUAAAGAGAAAUUCGUAACUUUCUUGCUAAAAAAGCAUCUAAUCUUUCAAACCAAUGUCUCGAUCACUAAGACCGAACCGACCACCGCCGCCAGUCCCUAAACCCGGGCAUGUGAAAGUGGUCAGGACAAUGUACAAGUAUGAUGCUCAGCAGGCUGAUGAACUUUCAUUUGAUGAGGGAGAAUUACUAUAUAUAACAGAUAUGUCAAACACUGAUUGGUGGAGAGCUCGCUGUGGAAAAAGAUCAGGCCUUAUACCAAGCAAUUAUGUUGGAGAAAACACAGAGACGAUAGAUUGUCCCAUGCAUGAGGCAGCUAAGAGAGGAAAUGUUUCAUUUUUGAAUGAAUGUUUAGAUAACCAAGUAUCAGUUAACUCCCUUGAUAAGGCGGGUUCUACACCACUACACUGGGCAGCACAUGGUGGUCAUAUUGAAUGUAUGCAAAUUUUGCUAAAUAAGCCUCAUUGUGAAGUAUCUGUACAGAACAAGCUAGGUGACACACCAAUCCACUCGGCAGCAUGGAAAGGGCAUGCAGAUGCAGUGGAUCUUCUGUUAGAAAAAGGUGCUCAAGUUAAUAUAAGGAACAAGGAUGGAAAAUUGCCAUAUGAACUUGCAAAAGAUCCUGACACAGCAGGAAAAUUAAGACUAGCAGCUGGUAUGCCAAGGGCACUGUCAGGAGAUUAUGGAGAUGAGGAAGAUUCAGACUAAUCUGAUUGGUUGGUUUGUGUAAUCAAGUUCUGCUCUGUAUGAUGAUUGGUUGGUUAAAGUCAUGUGACUGCAAGAAGGACCAAUCAUAAUUGUGAUAUUAAAUGUUGACCCAUUGUUAAUUAUUGACAUUUGAAAUAUUACAAGCCUACUUUGUGCAAGUUUAGGUUCAAGCAUUUUAUUGCAGUAUGUUUGAUUCAAGCAUAGAAUACAGAGCCUCAGUUUAAAUAUUUUCAUGAUAGGAACAAACCCAGUGUUGCAUUUAUUCAUGUAAUAGAUUCUAACUUGUUAUGGUCAUAAAUUGCUCUAAUUAACCAUUAACGGGCUUGCCUACAGGCACACCCUAAAAUCAUGGGAAUUAAGCUGACUGGCUACUUGAGGCAAGAAGCUGUUAAAUAUAGGUGGUUUUUGAUGCAAGAUUAACUCAUUCACACCUAAUUACUUCAGACAGGUCAUCACGAGGGCAUGUGUUUUAAUAUCCACCUUUGCUAUAGAUAUCAAACUUAACAGGUUGAAAAGUUAAGGCCAUUUACAUUUAUAAAAACAUUUCUGAAGUUUAAAGUUUCUUUUUGCUGUUUCAUUUUGCUUAAAUGCCUCUCUUACUUAUUACCGUUAUGGUACACAGGCAGUUGUGAAGAGAAUUUAAAGCGUUUUCUUAGUUUUGAUACAUUCAAAGAAUAUAACUAUUUUGUUGAAUUUCUAUCUUUAAUAUAUAGGAGAUAAUAAAAGCACUGUGAGUUUUAUACUCUGAAGAUAUCAGAUGAUUGUACAUGUGCAAUAGACUUGGAAUGGUGUUUUGUUAUGUAAAAUAUUCACACAAUCCCUAAGUCAUUGCUAGAUAAUGAAUUAUUCGUCAACUGUGACUUAAAAGUAGGACAUCACCAUGUAAUUAUAUCCCUAGUUACUAGUAUCGGUGCUAUAUUGGAUUCCGGUCCGUAGUCGGUCCAUCAGUCUGUAGGCAGAAUUUGUCCGUGCUAUUUCUCAGCAAUUAUUUGCCAGAUUUCCAUCAAACCUUGUAUUUAAUAUCAGUAGCAAGCCUAGUUGAGCAUGUCUAAAGUGGGUUCCAUUUUGAUUAUUUUUCACUUAAUUAUGGCCCUUUAUAAUUUUUUCUUUAUAUGUAUUCAGCGAAAUUUUUAUGGGCCACAUUAGCAUAUUUGCUGGCUUGUUAGUUUUCUAAGACAUCGGCCAAGAUGCAUUAUAAUAAGUUACUUGCCACAUUAGCAUCAAAGUUACGUCUUGGUUAACUCUUAGUUAUUAGUAUGGUAUGGUUUUAUUUUUGCUUGCUUUUUAAAGGUACUCGUGUGACUAAAAAUAUGCAGUAAUUUCAUUUUUUAUAUCAAUACAAUAAUAUUAUGUAUUCAUUUGUUAAAUAUAAGUGUUAAAUACACAGAGUGUUCUUUUGAUGUACAUACAGAUGGUUUCUACAGGUAGAUUGUUCUUUUGAUGUACAUACUGACAGUUUCUACAUGUAGAUUGUUCUCGGGAUGUACAUAUUGAGGGUUUCUACAUGUAGAUUGGUCUCUGGAUGUACAUACUGAGGGUUUCUACAUGUAGAUUGGUCUCGGGAUGUGCAUUCUGAGGGUUUCUACAUGUAGAUUGUUCUGUGGAUGUACGUACGAAGGUUUCCUACAUGUAGAUUUUACAUUGGAUGUACAUGCUGAGGGUUUCUACAUGUAGCUUUUACUGGGGAUGUACAUACUAAAAUGUUUGUUUUUUGAAGAAAUAUACUAUGAAAUCAUUUAAUUUCGUCAGCCUUAAAUUUUAUGGUUUCCUCACAAACACCUAUUUUAAUAGUGACUUCUAAUUUUAUAGAUAAAGUAAACAGAAAUUUAUUUGAUUAUUGCAACCAGGAAGUCCACGAAAACUGGUCCCCCACGAAUAGUGAUGAUUUCACAGUAUAUGGUCUUUUACCACUGGUUAUAUCCUUUAUAUCAUAUUCAAUAAUUUACAUAUUAUACGGUAUAUUACCUGUACAAGUUAACCUGCAAGUCAGGAUAUUUUCAAGUGCUUACAGUUGUUAAUAUUUGUACAGAAAGUAUAAUUUUCUAUUGUUAAAACUAGAUCUGUUUUUGCUGCAGUUAACUCUAAUUACAUUCUAUUUAGUUUAUGUAAAAAAUAUGAAAUAAAUUCUUUAAAUUGUA